GUUGGCAGUGACUGCAAAGUGUAGUUGGCACUUUGGAGGCUGAAACUGUGGUUCUGGAAAGAAGAUUUAAGAAGAAUCCCAGAACUAUGUGAGAACCCAGAAACCAUAAUUGCAGCAACCACUAAAAGUACCUGCAGAAACCCUAACCUUAUCUUCUUACCCAAAACCUGUUUUCCAAACUCUGGAUUGGUUUUGUCUCUCUCCUUUAAAAAAAUAAAAAAAUAAAAAAAAUAAUGGAGACAAUGGAGAAACCCAAAUAAAAAUGUGUAUUUUGACAUUUGGGUUUAGAUAUUUGUUUAGGGGCGGUCCGGCAGGCAAGCAAAUGGUGGGUCUAAUAUGUCCCUGUCCCUCUUCUUUCCCCUCUGUAUCCUGAAUCUUGCCUCUCUGUGCUCAGUUGCUUGCUUAUUCUUACUUGAAUUUAUGAAUCUUUUUCAUGAUUUUACAUCCAAUAAAGUAUUAUUCCAGUUUUAUAUUAUUAUAUUAUGCGUACUCCCUUGAAAUUAUUAUAAUUAUAAUUAUUUUUAAUUUAAACAAAUAGAUGUUUUCUCUUUAUGGUCUUACUUGUAACUUUUCUACUUUGCAAGUGGCAACUUGUUUGAUUAGUUUGAUAAGAUUGUCUUCCCUCGUUGUAUAUAAAUUGCUGCCUUGCAUCUGUUCCGUUUAUUGCUCUGCUGGGCUCAUUCAUACAUUCUUGAGGUGGAUACCCUUGUCUGGGUAUUGCUGGAAUCAAAGAUUUCAGGGAUCUGCUUGAAUUCUCCAUAAAUGGUUGAUGCAGUGAUUACAGGGUUUUGUUAAUUGUCAUGAAUUUUGCUUUUGUUGCUGCCCUUUUUCACCAUGCGUCGGUGGUAAUAAUCUGAUGGGUGAGUUUGAAUUUUCUCCACUUCUUGAUGAUAUGAAAUUUCAAUGUUCUGGGUCUUUGGGAAUACUCCUUUUAUGGGCUUAAAGUUAUGAAUUGGGAAUUUGGGAUUCAGGAAUGCAAAUAUUUUGUACUCAAAAGAAACAUGGUCAAUUGCAGAUUUUUAAUGGUUUGGCCUAAAUUAUUGGGUGCUUGAUUUUAGUCCCCUUUGUUGUCCUCUUUUGCAUAUAUUCUGUAAUGUAAAUCCAGAUGUUAAGCUUUCAAGUUCCAACAGUAUGCAUUUUAGAACUCCACAUUUUUUAGGCUUCUAGUAAGACCAUAUUGACUAUCGUGAUAAGAAUUAAUUGUCAUAAAAAGUAAUCUUCGCCCCUUUUUCAUCCUGUGCCUUCUCAUGGAUGUUGCAGUAAUAUACUCUCUAAGCUAAAUUUAUACAUUUGGUAUCUGAAUCUUGAACCGGGAGCCUUCUAUGACAGUACAUUCAUUACCCUAGUUAGUUGGUGCUAUCUACUGAGUGUAUGGGCGACAUAAUCUUCAUAGUAUGCAUGUAAUGGAUCAAUAGGAUUUUCAAAUCUUUGUAAAACUACAAAGCCCAAACAAAACAUCCAACUUUUAGUAUAUGUUUUGUGCUGCUGAUGGAUUGUUACUCGUGCACCUUUCAUUUGUUCUGCAUUGGUAUCUUUCUGAGUCAAUCAUCAAUGUCACAAUAGAAUACAUGGUUCUUUCCUUUUUUUCAAUUUUGAAUGACAUUUGUUUAGUUGUCAUAAGCUAGGAAGUGAACUUUUAUGUGUUUUCUCUUGGUUGUCUUUUCCAGAGAUUCCUCGUCAUAACAUGAACAUUCUUUUUCAUGCUAUCCAAAUUCAUAUAACUUAAGAGAGUUAAUAACACCAUCAUGGCUUACAAUAUACUGAAAUAGGUUCCGACCAUGAGCAAACAUUUGUAAGCCCUCUAUUGGGUAAAGGCAAGAUGGAUCUGCAAUUUCUGAAAUCUAGAAACUGGCAUUUAUAAACAUAGAAAAAGUUAUCAGAGAAAUACAGUUAGAAUUAUAGAAAACAAUGCUGAGAUCAGUAGGAAACUCGAGAUUGAACAGUGUAAUUUCAAUAUGAAAUGUUAAACAAAUCACAGCCCCAAACCCAUGUUAGUCUCGUUCAAAUGGAUAUAAAUUCAACAGAAGUAAAACAACAGAUAAGUUAUCGGUGGAAUAGUACUUCAAGGUUUCCAUGUCCCGACUCCCCCAUCUAAUGUCAGAAGCAGAAACAUUUGCAGGCUUGGCCAGUUGACAACCUUUUUGCUGAAUAUAGACAUUGAAUUUGCCGAGUUCUAGGUGAAUUACCAAAACAACAGAAUAAGCAAUACGGUAUCUCCCAGCACCUAGCAACCAUGGAAGAAGAAGGUAUCUAUACUAAAGAUGGAACGGUAGAUUAUCGUAACAGACCGGCUAUCAAGAAGGAAACAGGAACCUGGAAAACAUGCCCCUAUAUCCUAGGUAAUGAAUGCUGUGAACGUUUGGCAUACUAUGGGAUGGGCACCAACAUAGUGAAUUAUCUCGCAACACGACUCGGCCAGGUUAAUGCUUCAGCGGUUAAUAAUGUCACCAAUUGGUCUGGAACUUGCUACAUUACACCAUUGAUUGGAGCCUUUCUAGCUGAUGCCUACCUCGGAAGAUUUUGGACAAUUGCCGUUUUCUCGAUCAUCUAUGUUUUUGGGAUGGCAUUGCUAACAUUGUCAGCAUCUGUGCCUGCACUAAUUCCAUCAUCCUGCGACAGCAAUGGUGUUUGCCACGCAACAACAGGACAAAGUGUCGCCUGCUUUGCAGCACUUUACCUUGUUGCUUUGGGGACUGGAGGGAUUAAACCUUGUGUCUCUUCCUAUGGCGCAGAUCAGUUUGAUGAAGCUGACGAGGCUGAGCGGAAACAUAAAAAUUCUUUUUUCAAUUGGUUCUAUUUUUCUAUCAACAUUGGUGCUCUUGUUGCUGCAUCUGUUCUGGUCUGGAUACAGAUGUUUGUGGGUUGGGGAUGGGGUUUUGGUAUUCCAGCAGUGGCCAUGGCAAUUGCAGUUGUAAGUUUCUUCUCAGGUACACGGAAAUUCCGGAACCAGAAACCAGGAGGCAGCCCUCUGACACGCCUUUGCCAGGUGGUCAUUGCAUCCUUGAAGAAAUUUCGAGUUACGGUACCUACUGACAAGUCUCUUCUGUAUGAGACUGCAGAUGAGGAGUCUGUUGUCAAAGGAAGUCGCAAGCUUGAUUACACAGAUACGUUGACUUUCUUAGACAAAGCAGCAGUUGAGACAGAGAAAGAUCACAUCAAGGGCUCAAUUGAUCCAUGGAGACUCUGCUCGGUGACUCAAGUCGAAGAGCUCAAGUGCAUUAUACGAAUGCUUCCUGUAUGGGCCACUGGCAUAAUCUUUUCUGCCGUAUAUGCUCAGAUGAGCACCAUGUUUGUCUUGCAAGGCGACACCAUGGACAUUCACAUGGGCCCGAACUUUGAAAUCCCCCCAGCAUCUCUCUCCAUCUUUGACACCAUCAGUGUACUUAUCUGGGUUCCAAUUUAUGACCGCCUUAUUAUCCCAUUUGUCAGAAGAUUCACUGGGCACAAACAUGGAUUCACUCAACUCCAACGGAUGGGAAUCGGCCUUUUCAUCUCAAUAUUUUCCAUGGUGGCUGCAGCAAUUCUGGAGGUGAUGAGACUUCGCAUGAUUAGGCAGCACAACUAUUACGAUCCUACUAAGCCCCUACCAAUGUCAGUAUUUUGGCAGAUCCCACAAUACUUUCUCAUUGGAUGUUCAGAAGUGUUCACCUUCAUUGGGCAGUUGGAGUUCUUCUAUGAGCAAGCACCUGAUUCCAUGCGCAGCCUGUGCUCUGCUCUCUCACUCUUAACAGUGGCCCUAGGGAACUACUUAAGCACAGUACUAGUUAACAUUGUUACUAGUAUCACAACAAAGAAUGGAAAUCCUGGCUGGAUACCAGCCAAUUUGAACAGGGGUCACAUUGACUACUUCUUUUGGUUCUUGGCCAUCCUGAGUAUUUUGAACUUGAUAGUUUAUAUCUUCAUUGCAAGGUGGUUCACCUAUAAGAAGGCUGUUGGGGAAUUUCGUAAAUAGUUACAUAAUCUUAUGCUACAAUGAAAAGAUUGAUAGGUUUCAUCAGUAUACGUGUACUCAAAAAAAAAAACUUGUACUCUCUUUCUUUAUUGAGGUUAGCAGUCUUAAUUGUAUUUGUAUUGGUGCUUCUAUACUUUCUAGUUCUCACUGAUUCUGAUGGUUGGAGUUUAAGGAGUCGUAACACUUUCAGGGUCCAGCACCAGAAAAAAAUGUUGGCUUUUAAAGACCAAAGAAUCAGGAAUGGAGAACGUGUUCUUUACACUCUCAAA